CCUGCCUCGGCGGCCGAUGCGUCGCCCUCGGAAGCGUUAUCGACUGCCAACGGCAGAGCCGAGCCAGUCGGGAGAACGGUCGCACGCGCGCGCCGUAUGUGUGGGCCAGCCAUGAGGAGGAUCGGUGUUUAAGGACAGCACAGUGGCCGAGAGUGUCUGCGCUUUCUCGACCAGGACAACGCAAGGUGGAGGAGAAAAGGGACGGACAGCGGCAGCAGCUUCCUGUGUCCACGGCGCCCGAAGAAGCGGGUGUUUAGUAGAACAUCUGUUUCCCGCGCGCGGCCUUUGAACCUCGUGCCAAUCCUGAGCCUACACACUCGUUACGUGCGUGGUGUUGGAAACGACGAACGCAGCCUCCCCCGUGAACUCGUCGACAACGCCGCUCGUCGCGUGCUCAGCGGCCGCAGCCGAUGCGCGGCCACCGAUGAGGCAUCGCGGACGAGCGCGCGAGGUGGUAUGCAGCGUUGGCCGUCGUGCCGCCUGGACAGCGCCUGCCCGCGCGUCGCGCUGUUGCUGCUGCUCCUGGCGGUGCGAGAAGUGACACCGGCAGCUUACAUCCACCAAGCGUGCGACAGUGAUGCCGAUUGCGCGAGCGUGGCCAACACCUUCUGCAAGGGUAAAGAGUGCAUUUGCUUGCCAAAGUUCAGCCGCAGCUACCCGCCGUGCAACAAAGGCAUCGAGCUUGGGGAGAGCUGUUCCCGACACGAGAACUGCGAGGUGAACGACAACAACUCGUACUGUCACCACUCCAUCUGUCGCUGCAAACCGCUUUUUCGGCGGGUCCUGCUUGUCAGCGAGAAUAUCACCCGCUGUCGCCGAGGUCACGAGCCCCGCGAGUCGUGCUACAAUGUCGAAGACUGCAACGGCUCCAACUACACCUGCUACGAAGGCCUGUGCAGGUGCCAUGAGGGCUUCUACAAGGACGAAGAAACCGACGGCUGCAGGCCGAGGCGGUACCUGGACGAGACAUGCGCCCGGGACUCCGACUGCGACAGCCUGGUCAACAACUCCUACUGCAGCGGUGACCACUGCGAGUGCAAGAACGGCUACAUCCGCGAGGGCGUACUGCCCGACGAGCAGCAGUGCGAGAUAGACAGGGGGGGACGCGGCGCCCUUAAGAUCCUCUUCGCUCUCAUGCUUCCGGUGGUUGUGUGCGCGUUCGUCUACCUCUACAGGAACCGCAAGGUCAACCAGGCCAACAAGAAUCAGCCUGGAGAGGAAGACCAACAAUCUGCAGCCGCCUCGCCGGCCCCGCUGGGGACCUACUCUACGGAUACGGGAGUUAAGUCUCCCUCGAUGAACACCCCGCUGUCGCCGAUGCCUCCGGACAUCAUCACCGGCAGUCCCAUUGAAAUACGCACCACUAUGGCCGCGGCGGACACCAGGGGAAAGCCUCCGUGUACCUUCAGCAUCAUGGUCUGAUCCGCCGGCACUGCCACGAGGUCAUUCCACAACCACGGCAGAAUGCGCUGACGAAGAAGAGCUGGUCACUACAGCUCUUGCAACUCCGAUGUUAAAAGAAGUUUUACAGCGUCCACCACUUCCUUAGAAACCCAAGUGAUGAUGGCCGUGCUGUCUGUGUUGUAACAUCGCUUCACGAACGUGCGGGUUCGCGCUUGAAUGUGCACCCAUGCGACUGACUCUCGCCUUUGGCGAGAUCUUCCCGCAUCUCGCCGCCGAUGUGUAACAGCAGUGUUUAAGGGUAACGUACGUGGUUCAGGCCCAGAAGCGUCUGACAAAUGGGUUGCAUGCUCUCUAGCGGUUUGUAAAAAUGCAUCGAAAACAAUUACUUUUCUAUGUACAUACAUUUAUAAGAACGCAACCCCGACGUGUGGAUGCAUGGCACUGAGCAAGACAUGUUUAGAAGCACGACCCUAACCAUGCAGUGGCGAUCGCUGCUCCCCACUCCACGUUCAUACUCUUGUCUGGUUCAGACAGACCAUGCACUAGAUUGCCCUUGUGUACGAGUGACAACCGCUUGUGGUGCGUUUGUCGAUUUUCUAUUCUUCUGCCACAUAAAUAUGCGUAGCAAAGUUUAUGAAAGACUGCGAUCACUGCUAGUGUGCGUGUUUAUUUACACGCAUUGGUUUAUACAUGCAAAAGAAUGGGGCUUGUCAUUCCUGUCUAAGCACAAUCACAUGACGCGGGCCAGCAGUUUGACAUUUAGUAGGGGACCCUGUAUAUUCGAUAGAGUACAACACGCAGACACUUGCAGAUUUUUUUUUUUUAAUUGCCUGUGGUUGGUAGUGCAGUUCUAGUCCGUGAGCGGGUCUCCUCGAAGUGGUGGACUUUACUUCCCCAAUAAAUCAAAAUACAAAUCAACUAAUUAACGAAAAUUUACUAAUUAUUUUUCUAACUAAUUGCCUUAGAGCACAUAUAUUGCAAUUUACCAAUUCUGGCCGGUGAGACUGCAAGGCGUAUCGACUUGAAAAGAAUUGAGUGCAUGACACCAUUUACGAGAUAUGCGCCGUCAAAUUUGCGGUAAAAAUGCACUGUCGUUCCACUUACUUUCUUAAUAAAACGUGGUUUUAUGCAGGGAAGCACAAAAGUAACUGGAACGCCGAUGCAUUUCUCCACAAAGUUCAGGAAUUAAUAUCUCGAAACUGGUGUCAUCCUGAGAAUUCGUUCCAGGUAGGUCCUCCUUUCGAGCUUUCUAGCUAGAAUUUGUAAAUUGCAAUAUGUGCCAUAAGGUAAUUAGGUAAAAGCUUAAUUUGCGAGUUUUUGUUAAGUAGUCGACUAUGCAUUGAACGUUUUGUGCAAGUAAUGGCCGCCUCUUCGAGUAGCCCAGCUAAUAGGUUAGAAUUGUGAUAUCUGCCACAUGAAAUUAAAAAAAAAGUUUUGAGUGUUCGCUGAAACACUCGGUAUAUACAGGGUGUCCCACGUAACUUGAGCCAAACAUUAAAAAUAUGAAAAUGCCACGUAGCUGAGCAGAAUAAAAAUAAUGUUGUUUGCCGUCGCUUAGAGAUAUUCCGAUUUUUCUCAUUCCGUCUAAUUAGGUAAUUAAUGAAAAUUAAUUUAUAUCCCAAAUAUUAUAGUUAGAUGAAAAGUGUCAGUGAGAAAAUAGAGCGACAUGAAAAACUCCCGAUGCAGCUUUCUGUUGCUCAAUACCUGCUACAUGGAGGCGUUUUUCCGAGCGUGAAAGAAGCCCGCAAAUACACGCAAAAUUUCCGCGCGACUGGCCGCUCGAGGCGCUUUACGUGUAUUCGUGGGCUUAUUUCACGCUCGGAAAAACACUUUUAUGUAGCACGUAUUGAGCAACAGGAAGCUUCAUCUUGAGUUUUUCAUGUCGCUCUACAAUUUUCUCAUUGACACUUUUCAUCUCAUUCUAAUAUUUGAAGAGGAGGAAAUAAAUUUAUUGCGUGUCCUGCGAUUUGGUGCGGAGGGCCAAAUUCCCCGCCUAGGCGACGGCCAGGAGGAGAUCGUGGGUCCUGGCGGCAACCUCGGCCCGCUAGACGGCCCGUGGUUGAUCCUCGAAGGCGGGGCUGAGCAGCGCGGCCAGCGCGUGCGAAAGCUGUUGCUAGAGGCCGCGUUCUCGUUAUUUUUAUGUAUCCGUCGGCAUUCCCAUAAUAUAUGCUCCAGAGUGGCUCUGGAUUCGCAUGUGUUGCAUUUGUCCGUUUGAUAUAUAUCCGGAUGUAUGAUGUGCAAGAGCCCAGGAUUCGAAUACGUCCUAUAGUUUGUAACUGCCGCCAUGCGACAGACUGCUUUUUUGUCAAUUUUGGGUGAGGUCGUGGGAAUAUGCCCCUCUGUAACCUAUAGUGUUUCGUAAUGUCAUUAUAUGUUGUCAUUCUGUCCUCCCACUCAUUUACUGCACCGUCACGUCCGGAGGGUGUCGGGGCGUCACUUGCGACUGCGGCUCGGUGCGUAAGCCCUCGAGCCGCGUCGUGUGCGGCCUCGUUGUUGCCGUCCUCCGCGAAGGUGUGAGCGGGUGUCCAUGUGAUGUAUGCCUUUCUUUUGAAAUUUUGACCUCCUGCAAGAAGAAUGCGUAGUGCCUGCGGGGAGAUUCGGCCAUUGGCAAAGUUUCUUAUUGCCGUCUGAGAGUCUCUGGCUAUCACAGUUGCGUUAGUCUGAGCUACUGCGAGCGCUAUGGCUACCGCUGUCUCGUUACUUGGGGUGCGUAUCGUCGCGCACGUCUUGCACCGUUUCUCGCUAUUGAUUACGGCUUCCGUAAACCCUCGUCUGCGACUGUAUCGAGCCGCGUCUACGAAGACUGCGUCCUUGUCGCUGCCGAAUUUCUUUUGUAUCUGCUUCGCUCUGUUCUCUCGUCUGUCCUUAUUGUGUUCUCGGUGCAUGUUUUUUGGUAUUGUGGGUAUUACCAUUGUUGCCUUUGUCUCUCUCAGGAUGUCCACCUUGACACCGUGCUGUGUGUGGUAACCUAUGUCUAGUCUCUCUAGGAUGUGUCUGCCGGCUCUAGUCUGAGAGAGGCGUUCAUAUUGUACCGUACAUUGCGUGUCAAUGAGCUCGUCUAUCGUGUUGUGGAGGCCUAAUUGUAGCAACUUGUCCGUGCUGGUACAAGCUAGCCCUAUGGCUUGCUUGUAUAUUUUCCGAAUGAGGCAUUCUAGUUUGUUUUUUUCCGCGGCCUAGCUGGCAUUUUAAGUACGUUGCUACGUAUUUGAGAAAUUAUUUAAUUGAGAUUAAUUGUCUAAUUUGGCGGAAUGAAAAAAAAUCUGACUAUCUCUAAGCGACGGCAAACAACAUUAUCUUGGUUCUGCCCGGCUAUGUGGCAUUUGCAUAUUCUUAUAGUUUCGCUCAAGUUACGUGGGACACCCUGUAUAGUAAUAUCAUCAGGAGCAAAGACACCAAGGAAAGCAUAGGGGAAACUACUUGUACUUAUUAAUUGAAUUAAUGAAAUGAUCGGCCCCUAAGGCUUACUUGUGGUGGCGCUGGCUAAUAAUCCCAGAGAUAGUUCUAGAAGAUAUAAAUACCCCGCGGAAAGUGGAUGGAAAACGGCGCCGCAUGUAGCUCAAUUGGGAAUAGCAUCGCGCGCGUAUUGCGAAUACGUGCGUGUGUUCGUAUCCCUCCUGCGGCCAGCUGUCUUUUCAUCCACUUCCAUUUUCAUUAUUUCCUCAUUUAUUUAAUUCAAUUAAUAAGUACAAGUAAUUUCCCCUGAGCUUUCUCUUUGGUGCCUUUGUUUGUUGGCUUCUUCCUGUACGACUAAUAAAAAUCGACCUCUCCAUUUCCUUUCUUCUCGUUUAUGCAUAUACCGGAUGUUUCAGCAGCGACUGUCUCUAAAUAUUCAAAAUAGGGGAAUCCAGACACAAUAACACUCUGCAUGAGAAGGUUGGCAACAAGGGCGGACAAAGGAAAACUCGCUGACGGAUCACUCAGCGGCCUAAUUAUCUGAGAUUCAAUCUUUCACUUUCUCGAUUAUCAACAUUAGGGCUCCAAUUCAACGCUCGUAGGUAGUCGCAAGUUCGUAACAAAUCGGCUCUUAAAAACAGAUCAAAAGCACUCGCUCAAGGCAUGCUGGCGCAAAGAGUUGGGACAUUGUCAUUGCGAUAUGCCGAAACCUAGGGCCUUACGAAGGCCACGCCACGAAACAAAAGCAAGAGCAGCUUGGCUGUGGCCCCGAUGGACAUCCGCUAUCGACCAGCACCAAUGGCUGUUCGUUUCAUCUUCUCGUUUGACAUGCACCAGCCAAUGGCGCUAUUCUGGACAUAGUCAAAUUCAGUAAUGGCAGCACUUUCAGCCAAUCGGGGAUGGCCUCUCUGUUUGGAUGCCGCAAUUACCAAAUUCGACAACAUGGCAGAGCCCCCUGCGGUGGCUUAGCGGCUAUGGCGUUGCCCUGCUAAGCACGAGGUCGGGGAUCCCAGCUGUGGCGGCCGCAUAUCGAUGGGUCCAAAAACGCCCGUGUCCCGUGCAUUGCGAGCAAGAUACCCUGGUGGUCAACAUUAAUCUGGAGUCCACCACUACGGCGUACCUCAUAACUAAGUCGUGUUUCUGGCAUGUAAAACCUCAGAAUUCAUUCAUUUGCAACAUGACAGAAUUUAACAAUGUCCGCACCCCAAGCGCGGGCCACCAAGGUGAACCUGCAAAGCCUGGUUAGGUUGUCAGAAUGAGCAGAUGUGACGAGCAUUUUCCGUGCCUUUCGAGCCGAUGGGCGCGGCGCGCCGUCCGAAAAAGUAGCAGCGUCGUUUCCCGCUGGAGACCUGCGCGUGACAUUUUCGAAGAGGGGUUCUGCAGCGAGAUUAACCUGAGCACCUCGGUUGGUGUGUGCGAUAGUCAGCUUAGAAAAACUGAUUUUUUUUGCAGAGCUUGUUUCCUCGCUGAAUCUGUUUGAGUUCUUUGCUAUACAUGUGGCGAAAAUUCGGCAGCCGUCGCACGUUGGCUGAUCUCGGCUAGAGAUGUAAGUGACGGGAAGAAAAACGCCUGAGGAUUGAGGGGGAAAACAAGCGUUUCUUUUUGUUUAUUCGUUUUAUUGCAAUAGCAAUUGUAUGGACACACCAGGCGCAUAUUCGCCGUCACCGCAUAAAUUCCAAGGGCAAUAACACCGUCGCCGGCCGCCCGCUGAAAGCUGUGCGUGCGACUGAAAGCACGCGAGGGAAGCGGACGAUGCGGCUCGAUCUGGCGCGCGCGAAUGAAGAAAGCGGGAGGCCUUUCGUCGCGCGAGAGGCCGUGAGCGGACGGACGGACGGGAGGGGCCGGGGGAGGGGCAGCGUUUUGCUACGGCAGCAACGCGUGCGUCUAUUUGUCGCACAAAAAUCCCUCACGUGACCUAAUCCUAGGUGCCUAAGGACAGCAUCGUUUAGGGUUCUUUGAGAAGGCGCGAUGCUAGCGCCGAGCGACGCCGUGGCGUGUUCGUCCUCGGCGUGAUCGUUCUCUGGACCGCACGUUGUUCAACAUUGCUCAUGUGAUUGUGCGUGCGUUGCUUGUGUGUUUGUUGUAGGUUCUGUGUUACUUGGCGGAAAGCCGUAAGUAGUGGCGGUGCGGCAGUGCGGCUUUGGCCUCGGUGCGCUCUGGCACUACAGAAUCUGCGUUGUGUGACCCGCAUAGAGUUAGUAGAACAACUCUAGAGGAAAAGCUGGGCCGGAAAAGUGGGAACCUCUCAAGCGCCGCCCUGUUGCUACUGGUCAAUGUGGCCAGCGCAAUUACUAUUGAAAGAGCUAAAAACAAGUACAGGUCACCUUAUGCUUUGUCAUCUAAAAACGCAUACCUGAUGGCUUUAUGAAGGUGGUGCGUUAAUGUUAAGUUUACAGAAAGUGAUCGCUAAGUCCGUGACUUAUGUAAAUCACGAUGUACGCAUUCAUGCAAUAAAGGAUGACGCGAA